AUGCGAUCGACAUUAAUUUUUUUAUCAUUGUUUCUCUUGGUCAUUGUUGCUUUCUCUGUAUCUCAUGGGUUCAAUCAUCAUCGAAUAUCAGAAAAAAACCCAAAACGGCGACACCAUCAUCGUCAUUGGAAACAUCAUCAUCAUUGUAAACAUCAUCAUUGGAUGAAGCACAGACAUCAUCACAGACAUGAUGAAGAUGACAGUUGUGAAGAAGAACCCAGUGGCCAACGUGGUCCAGGUAGCCGAGACAGGCUCGGUAGACACGGUGGCCCAGGUGGACAAGGCGGACCUGGUAGACAAGGUGGUCCAGGUGGACAAGGCAGACCCGGUGGGCAAGGUGGCCCAGGCGGUCAAGGCAGACCCGGUGGACAAGGCGGCCCUGGUGGACAAGGUAGUCCGGGCGGUCAAGGCAGACCUGGUGGCCCAGGUGGCCAAGGUAGUCCAGGCAGACCAGGUGGACAAGGUGGCCCAGGUAGCCCAGGCGGUCAAGGCAAACCCGGUUGGCAAGGCGGCCCAGGUGGACAAGGUAGUCCAGGCAGACCCGGUGGGCAAGGUGGUCCAGGUGGACAAGGUAGUCCAGGUGGUCAAGGCACACCCGGUGGACAAGGCGGUCCAGGUGGUCAAGGCAGACCCGGUGGACAAGGCGGACCAGGUGGUCAACGCAGACCCGCUGGCCGAGGCAGACCUCCUGGCCGAGGCAGACCUCCUGGUCGAGGCAGACCUCCUGGUAGAGGCAGACCUCCUGGCCGAGGCAGACCCCCUGGCCGAGGCAGACAACAUGGUCGAGGCAGACACCAUGGCCAUGGCAGACACCCUGGCCAUGGCAGGUUCGGUGCCAACAACCAACAAGCAGGAAAUAGUGUUGGAGGCGGUAAAUAA